CGUAAGCCGUGACGAGCUUCCGGUCUUUGUGUCGCCUACUGGCGGCGAAGGAGUGCCACCGUUUGGAUACUCUUGUCUACGGUGCGUUUCUGUUUCAACACGCCCGGCAAACGAAGACCGCGACUGAAGCGCAAUCGCUCGAUAAAAUGGCUUCUGGCAUGGCGGGACAGACAUCGUGUUUUAAUAGUCGAUGGGACCAGCCUGGCCCCACUGCUGAUAUGCUGAAAGGCCUCCUGGGGAACAUUUCCACUUCCCUCACGACGCAAGUAGCCUCUCUGCCAAGCUACACCGGCGGGCGUUUGGCGCACAGUGCCAUAAAUGGCUUACCGCUGGCUGGGGGCACGGGGUCCACAGCGCCACCCGUCAUGUCUCAGCCGACCCCUACGUCUCUGGAGGAGGAGAAGCCUUCGGGAGGCGUAGAGAUGGCCGCUGCCAUGGCCGCCAAAAUUAACGCUAUGUUGAUGGCCAAAGGGAAGCUGAAGACCCCCCCUCCGUUGCACAGUAAGGUUGCCCCCCGUGUAACAGUAGCCAGUACUGCCAGCGAAUCAGUUGUCACCGAAGUGGACAUCAACGACGUUCCCCUAAACUGCCGCAACUUGCUAACUAAAGGGAAAACUCAGGAAGAGAUUCGCCAGUACAGUGGAGCAGUUGUAUCUACAAAGGGGCACUACAUGACCAGUGACGAAAAGGCCCAGUGUAAGGGCGGAGACCGUCCGUUGUAUCUACACGUUCAGGGAAAGAGUCAAGAGGAAGUUAACAAGGCGGUGAAGCAUAUCAAAGAGAUCAUUUCAGAGGACAUUUUGCGGUCUUCGGCAGGGCAGAGCAGACCCGUGCUGCCCACACUUCCUGUUUACACGCAGCCGCCCAAACCCCUGCCUUCAGCCCAGCCACCUGUCCCACCCCCAGUUCGACCUUCUGUUCAGCCGCACCUCAUACCAUCUCCACCCCAAAACCAAAAGUCUCCAGCCCCAUACAAUUGUCAUUCAGGGAAUUUUGUGCACACAAAGGUGUUCGUCGGCCUCGACCAGGCCCUGCCCUCCUUCAACGUGAAUGAGAAGGUGGAGGGUCCUAGUGGCAGUUACCUGCAGCAUAUCCAGGCUGAGACGGGAGCUCGUGUGUUUCUCCGGGGAAAGGGCUCCGGCUACAUAGAGCAGGCUUCUCGGCGGGAGUCGUUUGAGCCACUUUAUCUAUAUAUCAGCCACCCAAACCCUGCAGGAUUAGAAGCAGCGAGGGAGCUCUGUGAGAGCCUGGUGGAGACUGUGCGAGCCGAGCACUCGCGCAUGGUGUCUGUUUACACAGCAACUGGGUCCACCCAAGCUUACCCCUCUCACGGAUACCCGGCUAAUGACAAUUACGGUAGCCAUGUAUCCUGGUAUAACUACCCAGCAAACAGUUACGCGGGAGGCUAUGCUGCGUAUCCAGGAUCCAGUGGUUACUGGAGUAGUGCGAAUGGUGCUCCCGGUCAUUCUAACUUUUCGACAACCCCUCAAUCUUCUCAGGCAAUGGUUCAGUAUCCGGUGUGUCCUAGGAAACCACCUUCUUAUUUAGCCGCGGACACCGGGCCAAGUUACAGCGGUGGCGUGGAGAGCUGCUCGUCCAGCCCGCCGCAGGCCGGGAGUCCAAAGCGGCGGUUUCUGGAAGGCUCCGAGGAGGAGUGCGGAUCUCAGCACAGCAGUGCCUCUGCGGCAGUCCUAAAGAAGGAACAGCCCGCCCCCUCCCCUGCCAGCACAGAAGGCGGGGAAGCCGCCCAGAGGAUGCUGAUGCCACCACCUCCGAUCCCUGCCGGUUUGGCCCCACGCAAGAGGCCUCGGGAGGUAGAGGGUCAGCCCAGUGCCCCUGACCCAAAGGACAAGGUGGAGCCUGAGACUCUGAAGAAGGUGCGGCCCCUCGAAGGUGCACCGGGGCUGGUCCCGUACGGCGGGGACUCCUCGGAUGAGGAAGAUGAUCGGACACGCAGCAGUAAGAAGUCCUAAUUUAUUCUGGACGGCGGCAUGGCAGUGAACUACGGUGCACAGCUAGAAUUUUUGGUUAUUUUAGUUUUUAGUGCCAGCACCUUCUCCCUCCAGAGGGUGUCCUGUAAUCACCCUUUGCGUACAGAGCUUUUCAGUCAGACAUACGACCUCAGAUUUUCUUCAUUAUGACAUACGACUAUUGUAACUUCUGUGAAAUUUUCUUGCAUUUCAAAAUGUUGUAAUCCUGUUCCCAUGGAAUAAUAAAAUAUUUUAUUAAUCUUU